AUGCCAAACUGGGCGGACGCGUUUGCGGAUCCAAAUUAUGUGGCAUAUGCGACCAUCGUCAAGCCAGCAAACGCGCGGCCCUCCAAAAAGAAGGUCGUUGAGGUCGAGGAGGUUAUGUACGAUGACGUCCUUACGACAGUCGACGACCCAGAGAUCUCGGGAGGCCAGACAUUCCAACAAAUCCGCAUCGCCGUCGGCGACUGCGUGCUGACCUACACUGGCGCGGGCGGCAGGGGCGCCGGCGUCAGGCCGGCCGGCGCGCCGUUCAUCGGCCGCGUCGCGGGCAUCGAGCUGCUCCCGUCGCGCGAGUGGCCGGGGCUCAAUUCGAAGACCAACGGCGACCCGGCGGUGGUGCUGAGGAGCAUGGGGCCCGCGGACCGGCAUUGGGUGGAGCUGCAGGAGCGCAAGGGGCGCCUGCCGGCCAAGUACUUCCGGCUGAGGGCGGGACGCGCCGCGGCCGGCGCGGGCGCAGGGAGGGGGGCCGUGCGCAACGGCGGCGCUGCAGCCAGCCGCGCGUGGCCUGCCGCGGCCGAGCCGCGCAGGCGCCUCCGGCCGUGCUGA